AUGUCUGAUUUCUUCAAGCUGGCCAGACUGGCUCACAGUCGUCUUGCGUAUCCUCUGGAGGUCUCAAACAGGGGCUAUCAAUCAGACUGGUUCCAGAAGCUAGAAGCUGAUGAAGAUGUGCUCAAGGCUAUCAAGAAACCUGGCAAGCCCAAGGACUACUAUGAUUCUUGCCUCAACAUCAUGCGCUGCGACCUCUGGCCCCUGAUCAACUCUGCCAUGUGCCACACUGUCCACACCCUGCUCUGGCCAGUUGCUAACGAAGUGGGUAAUCGUGACGGUACAGCUGCCACCAGAAUGGCUCGUCUAAUGUGGCUGCAUGAGGAGGUCUUCUCUUUCUACUUUGGUCAUGAGGCAGCCUGGCAGCUAAAGGAGGCUGUCUUCUCCCAUGCUAUCAAGCCCCUUGUGAAAGACGCUACUAUGGAACAGUUCUUUUGGGACUCUUAUGCAGAAAGGCCUGAGGAGACUAUUGAGGUGGAAGAUUCCAAUACUGCCAUCGGCAUCUCAGAGUCAGCAAGCCUCCAAGAGCAGCAGGCCAAGGCUCUGCAAAAGGUCUUUUCCUUGUUCAAGACACCAGGGUUGGGUGGGGUUCCCAGAGAUGGUGGCUCUGCUGUGUAUCAUCCAGAGAUGGCCAAAGCUCUCAUCAAGUUUGCCAAGAAUGUCGCUCCAUUCUUUAUAAAAGAGGAUGUCUUCUACGCUAACAACAAGACUGGGCCUCCUCAUGAUGUCUCAGAAGCUGAGGUAGAGUGGUGGCUGGGCAAGCAUGGGUUUACCAAACUCAAGGUGGCUUCCAAAGAGCAAGUGGAGGCAUAUUGGAAAGAAGAUCAGGAAGACUCUGAGGAUUCCCCAGUUGUCCUUGUGGCUCCUCCUCCCCUGCCUUCUGAGUUUAAGAAGAUUCAGAAGAGGAAAGAGGCACAUGAAAAGGUGAUGGCAAAACUGAUGCAUGGUCCCAUGAAUUUUGUCCCCUGGAUCAAACCUGGCAAGCAGGCUCCUAAAGCCUCAUCUGCCUCCACCACUUUGCGAACUUCUUCUGGUACCAGCUCUCCUGUCUCUCCACCUGAUCCUGAUCAGCCUGGUGAUCCCAAGGAGGGCUCCUCAGAGGCUACUGGCCUUCAGAAGAAGAGAAAGAGGGCCAAUCCUCCCAAGGCUACCAAGACCAAGAAAGGCAAAAGCAAGACAGCAGCCAAGCAGCAGCCCAAGUCAGCUGAAUUUGUGGAAGACAGUGACUCUGAGGAGGAGCAACCCUUGGCCAAGAUGGCCAAGGGUCAGCCCAAGUCAGCAGAAUUUGUAGAAGACAGUGACUCUGAGGAGGAGCAACCCUUGGCCAAGGUAGCCAGGAUUGGCAAUGCUCAGGGUGGCAAGGCAGGUCAAGAUGGAGCUGGAAAGGUAGGACCUCAGGAUGGCAUUGUGCCAGAGUUGCAGCCACAGCCAUCUGCCAACCCAGGGCAAGAUACACAGACUCUUGAUGGAAUGGAGAUCACUUAUGAUGAGCAAAUGGAUGAGGAAGUCAUCAAGGAACUAGAGGGUGAGGUACAGCAACAGGCUCAGCCCAAGCCUCCCUCUUGUCAGUGA